AUGCUUAGAUCCUCGAUCAAAUGCUGCUACAGAAGAUCCGUAACAAGAUCGUUCUCCCUUGCAAGACCAAACAAGAAUCAAGGCUCUUCACAAGUUCCUGAUGAUAUUUUAGCUAAUUUUGCUAAAAAUACAGCUUCAAAACAAGAUUCUGAUACUUUUACAUCUAUUUUCAAUAAUAUCAUGACCUUUAAAAAAGAUACAAGUCACUCCUCUAAAAACGAUUUACCUUCAUUACAAGUCAUUUUUGAAAAAAAUUUAUAUAGUGGUGGUGCUAAAACUUUAAGUGUUAAUGAAUCAAAAGAUUUAAGAUCUUUACCAUUAUCACUUUCUGGUGAUAUUGUUGCACAAGAGUUUAGUCCUAGUGGGGCAUUAAUCCAACAGAUCCAAACAAAACAUGAAUUAAAAGAAGCCAUUUCACCAACUUUACAACAUUUAAAUAAAAUAGAUACAGAUUAUUUCUUAAUUAAAUAUAUUGAAUCUUUAAUUAAGGAAUUUUCUAAAUAUAUCAAUUCCAAAAAUUAUAAAUAUGAACCAAUAUCAACUGAAUUAAUAACAAAGAUCAAAGAACGUUCAGAAACUGAUCCAAAUUCACCAUUAAUCAAUGAAUUUACAAUCCCAAUUUUUUUAUCAACUUCAAUCAAUUUAUUAUGUUUAAGAUUUAAUUCACCAUUAGAGGCCAUCUCAAUUUUCCAACAUAUUAAAAACAAUCUAGAUAUUAAGACAUACACUUUCAGUUGUACAACUGAAGUUUAUAAUGAAAUUUUAGAAAGAUCAUGGCAAUUUUUCAGAGAUCCAUAUAUGAUUGAUUCAUUAAUUAAUGAAAUGAAAGUCAAUGGUAUAUCAGGGGAUAUGGACACUAUAAGUAUAUUAGGCUUGGUGACAAAUGAUAUGGAAAAGACUCUAUUGGGUACAACUGCAACUGAAUUAGAAGAUGAACGUCAAUUGGGUACUACUGGAUAUUAUGGACAAUUUUGGAAUAGUGAAGAUGAGAAAUUGAUGAAGAAUGUCAAGGCAUUCAGAACCGAUCUGAUGACAUCCAUGUGA